CUGCGUCUCCUCAGGGAGCUGAGCCGGCCGGGGGCUGAUGGUUGCCCGAAGCCGGGAAGCGUUUCUGCUUCACGCGGCGCUUGGGCAGCAUACGGCUCCCGCUUUGUCCUCGGGUCGGAAAGGUGGAAGGGACCGCGGAGCGCUGCUGAGCUCCGUGCCCGUGGGGGAGGCACUGAUCGGUGCUCGGCGGCUGCGGGGCGGCCCUGGCUGGGCAGAGCCCGGCGAUAACCUCAAGGAGAGGUGCGGUAGAUAACCGCGAGGCGGCUGUUUUCUUCCGCAAGUUUCGCUGAGAAGAAGCGGAGGACGUCCUGAACCUUCUAGAGAGCUGGAACCUCGCAGCACUCGGUUUCAUUAAAACACGUUUUCUUCUAUGAACCCCGGAAGCUGAACAAACUCAGAGCUGUUCCUUGCCCUGUAUGAGGGCAACAGAGGAGUUCUGGUUUGAGGAGUAUGGUCUGGAAAUCACCAACAAUGGUCCCAUCACAACAGGAGCUCAAGCUACCAUUCACGCCACUCUGAGGACGAAGAACGACAGCGCUGUAUCAAACUUGUAUCACUUUAACUGGAUUUAUGCUCCUCUGAUCCUGAUAGAGAAAUCCGAGCGGCGGUUUAACUCCGUAAUUAACGUGACUGGUGAAUUUCCUGGGACUUUUCCAGUAUCUGUCUGGGUGACUCACAGAAACUGCUGGUUAUGUCGGCCAGUUGCUAGGAACGUCACCAUGCUUCAGAUCACAGAAUUUGUCACAGGGAAUCUUACCAUUGCCCAGAUAGAAGACAGCAGAUUUAUCAAGCAUGGUUCCAGCUCUUCUGUGGGUGCUGUGACACGGAUUUCUUUCUGUCUUCAUGAUCCAAGUGAUUACUUCAAGUCAGCUUCGUUUGUCUACAACUGGGAUUUUGGAGAUGGAGUUUAUCAGAUUACCAAGGAGCCCUUUGUCUACUGUAACUACUCCACCAUGGGGAAUCGCACAGUGCAUCUCAAAGUCGUAGCGGAAUGGGAGCAAAUUGGAAGCAUCAUACACGAAACAGAAACUGUGCAGAAAACUGGUGAUUUUACCACUGCUCUGGAGCUGCUAGAUGCUGUUAAAAGCAUUCACGUAGUGGGCUCCAGAGAGACUCACGUCAUGGAAAACUUGAGUUUAUCUCUUCACAUCAAUGGCACCCCACCGCUGGCAUUAUGCUGGCUUAUAAAGUCCGAGUGCAUUCUAUUGGAAGGCGAAAAGUGCCAUCUGGUGGUGCUCACCGGCUCCUGCUACAACCUCAGCCAUACCUUCAGUGACGCCGGGCAGUACUGCCUCAGCGUCCGAGUGCAGAACGGCGUGACGAUGCUGCAGACCUACCAUGAAAUAAAAGUGUGGCCAGCAGGAAUCCAGCCAGCCUUCUUUGUCCUGCUGUGCAUCGCCCUGGUUUUAGUGAUGGUAGGACUGGUGCUGUACACGACCUUUCGAAGUAACACACAACAGAAAGACCUUGUGGAGGUAGCUGACUUCGACUUUUCUCCGCUGUCCGAUAAAAGCCUGUCUUCUCAUUCAGAGUCAGACUGUGGCCAAGUAUGUUGCAGAUCAUGUUUUCUUCGGUCAUCUCAAGAAGAGAGAGAGAGUCAUGAAUUUCUACUUUCUUUUUACAAGCCAGUCAAGAUGUACACGGUGUGAAGAACACAACUGCACUUUGGUUACACUAACUCCAAGUUUAACUUUCUCACGUGUGAUGAGUUACAAGCCCAGUGCUGCAUGAAUGGUUCUUUUUGCCAUUGCUAUAAGGUAAACCACUUCACCAAGUCCAGCACUUGAGUGUUUCAUUAUAUAAUCCAAAAAGGAAGGAGCCUGAAACACAACAAAAGUAAUUUUGUAUUUUAAAAUGUUACGGAUGUAUACAUUUACAGCUGUGAAAGCAGCAUUUUAUUCUUAUGAAAGAUUAUUUUAUGUGCAGGUUUGCUCAACUCACUACCUCUUGUAAUUUCUCUGUUCCUUCUGCUGUAUGUUUCAAAAAAGAAAAUGCUUAAAACAAA